AUGACCGAGAAGAUUGUGAUCAAAAUGGAGGGCAAAAACUACGCUGAGGCCUUGAGGGAGAUGAAGCAGAACACGAACAUAUCAAGAACCGGAGCCCAGAUAAAGAACAUCAAAAAGACGGCGAGAGGAGACAUCCUGUUGGAAUUGAAGGGAGGGAAAGAGGAGGCCAUAGCCUUGAAAGACAUAAUAGAGCAGGUCAAUCCUUCGACUAAAGUGGAGAUGACAAAUAGGGAAAAGACUCUACAUAUCGCAGACAUUGAACCGGACAUGGGCGAAGCAGAUGUUAAAAAAGCAGUAAUGAGAGCAGUAGACGGAAUAACUGAGAAAGACAUAAAUAUAGUAUUCAUGAAACUCAACAAUUUUGGCAACCAGAAUGCCAUGAUAUCGGUGAACAGGUGGGUGGCGUUAGAACUCACCAGACUAGGAACGGUCAGAGUGGGUUGGGUCCCUUGCAGAGUAAGGGAGAAAAUUAACAUCCUCAGAUGCUUCCGCUGUUUGGGCUUUGGCCACAGAAGGGGAGAAUGCAAGGGAGAGGACCGCUCAAAGCAUUGCAUGACAAGCUGCUGA